AUGGCCAGAAACCUGGGUUUCUGUGGAGCUCGUGUUGUAGCUGAUGGGCCAAAGAGGAGCCAACGGGAGAUGGGGCGUCCGGCCCCUGGUCCAGUUUCUGACUUUCGAGUGACGAAUGUCAGCACCAGGGAAAUCGGCUUAGCCUGGAGCAGCAAUGACUCAGAGUCCUUUAGGAUUCUUACUAAAGGGGCUGGAGAACUUGGGAAUGACACAACCAACCAAAGUAUCACCAUUGGUGGCUUACACCCUGGAACCAGUUAUCAUUUUGAAAUAUUUCCUCAAGGACCAAAUGGGACUGAAGGGACACCCCAGACAGUUGAUGGUAGAACUGACCCUAGUGCCGUGUUUGGCAUCCGCGUGGUCCACGUCACCACCACCGAGAUGCGACUGGAGUGGCAGAAUACAGAUGGUGCUUCCGCGUAUGUCUCCAACUUGGUGGUACAGUCUGAGAGCGGCUCCCGCGAGGUGAACAGCUCUGAGGAAGCAGCCACCCUGCAGGGCCUCAUCCCGGGCACCUUAUACAACAUCACCAUCUCUCCAGAAGCCAGCCAGGUCCGGGGACAGCCCAGCUCCGUUGUCCAGUACACACGGCCAAGCAGUGUGGCCAACAUUGUCAUAAACACCAGCACCACAGUGGCAACCUUAAGUUGGCAGAACCCUGAUGCAGCCUCGCCCACAUACUCCUACCGCCUUCUUAUUGAGAAGGCUGAAAAUUCCAGCAACGCAACUCAGGUGUUCAGGACGGAUGUCGGGGUCACUAACGCCACAGUCAUGGAGUUGAUACCUGGUUCACUGUACAGAGUGGAGAUCUUUACACAAGUGGGGAAUGUCACCGAGUCUCUGAUGCCCAGCUGGGAGUCUUUCUGUACAGAGCCUGCACCGGUGACCUCCUUCCACUGUGAGAUGGUCUUCAAAGAGCCAGCCUUGGUUCUGAAAUGGGCCUGCCCUCCUGGCACCAACGAAGGCUUCGAGCUAGGGGUCAGCAGUGGAGCCUGGGACAAUGUGACACUGCUGGAGAGCUGCUCCCCCGAGAACGGCACUGAGUACAGGACGGAAGUCACGUAUUUGAAUUUUUCUACCUCGUACAACUUCAGCAUCACCACGCUGUCCUGUGGAAAGAUGGCUGUCCCCACCCAGAACACCUGCGUCACUGGCAUCACAGACCCCCCUCCUCCAGAUGGAUCCCCUAAUAUUACAUCUGUCAGUCAUAAUUCAGUAAAGGUCAAGUUCAGUAGGUUUGAAGCCAGUCACGGACCCAUCAAAGCCUACGCUGUCAUUCUCACCACUGGGGAAGCUGGUCACCCUUCUGCAGAUGUUUUGAAGUAUACGUAUGAGGAUUUUAAAAAGGGGGCCUCGGACACUUACGUGACAUACCUCAUAAACACUGAAGAAAAGGGGCGCUCUCAGGGCUUGUCUGAAGUCUUGAAAUACGAAAUCGACGUUGGGAAUGAGUCGACCACCCUCGGCUAUUACAACGGGAAGCUGGAGCCUCUGGGCUCCUACCGGGCUUGUGUUGCUGGCUUCACCAAUAUUACCUUUAACCUUCAAAACGAGGGACUCAUCAACGGAGCUGAGAGCUAUGUGACCUUCAGUCGUUAUUCAGAGGCCAUUUUCUUGCCCCAGGAUCCAGGUGUCAUCUUUGGAGCUGUGUUUGGAUGUAUCUUUGGUGCUCUGGUCAUCGUGGCUGUGGGAGGCUUCAUCUUCUGGAGGAAGAAAAGGAAAGAUGCAAAGAACAAUGAAGUGUCCUUUUCUCAAAUUAAACCUAAAAAAUCCAAGUUAAUCAGAGUGGAAAAUUUUGAGACUUACUUUAAGAAACAGCAAGCCAACUCGAACUGUGGGUUCGCAGAGGAAUAUGAGGAUCUGAAGCUUGUUGGAAUUAGUCUACCCAAAUACGCAGCUGAGCUGGCUGAGAACAGAGGAAAGAAUCGCUACAAUAACGUUCUGCCCUAUGAUAUUUCUCAUGUCAAACUUUCGGUCCAGACCCAUUCCACUGAUGACUAUGUUAAUGCCAACUACAUGCCGGGCUAUCAUUCCAAGAAAGAUUUUAUUGCCACACAAGGACCUUUACCCAACACUUUGAAGGAUUUUUGGCGUAUGGUUUGGGAGAAAAAUGUCUAUGCCAUUGUUAUGUUGACCAAAUGUGUUGAACAGGGAAGGACCAAAUGUGAGGAGUACUGGCCUUCCAAGCAGGCUCAGGACUAUGGGGAUAUCACUGUGGCAAUGACAUCCGAAGUUGUUCUUCCGGAAUGGACCAUCAGAGAUUUCACAGUGAAAAAUAUCCAGACCAGCGAGAGUCACCCGCUGCAUCAGUUCCAUUUCACCUCCUGGCCGGACCAUGGCGUACCCGACACCACCGACCUGCUCAUCAACUUCCGAUACCUUGUUUGUGACUACAUGAAGCAGAGUCCUCCCGAGUCACCCAUUCUGGUGCACUGCAGUGCUGGGGUUGGAAGGACGGGCACUGUCAUUGCCAUCGACCGUCUUAUCUAUCAGAUAGAGAACGAGAGCACGGUGGACGUGUACGGCGUUGUGUACGACCUUCGGAUGCACAGGCCUCUCAUGGUGCAGACAGAGGACCAGUAUGUUUUCCUCAAUCAGUGUGUUUUGGAUAUUAUCAGAUCCCAGAAAGACUCCAAAGUCGAUCUCAUCUACCAGAAUACAACUGCAAUGACAAUCUAUGAAAACCUUGAGCCAGUGAGCAUGUUUGGGAAGACCAAUGGUUACAUCACCUAA